GUACUCGUCCCUUCUACUAUCACAUCACAUUGCCACCGAAUACACCUCGACUUUUCUUGCAACAAUGCCUAGCGACAGAGAUAGUCUUAUUGGUAUGGGAUUUGAGGCCGCACGUGUCGAGUGGGCGCUCAAGGCGACGGGAAAUCGUGGACUGCAGCCAGCAAUUGACCACAUAUUGGAGCACGGAGAACAGCCUAUACCGGAUAUGGGUUCAGUAUCAGAGUCAGCUGGCUCCGCACCGAUGGACGUCGAUGAGGACGACGACGCAGAAGCCACCGCUAAUCUAGCUGGCCUGGAAGCUAAGAGUAUCAAAUGUUCAGAGUGUGGCAAAACUUUCCGGAAUACAGCUCUCGCCAAUUUCCAUGCUGAAAAGAGCGGCCAUAUUGCAUUCGAAGAGUCCACAGAAGAGAUCAAGCCCCUUACGGAGGAAGAAAAGAUUGCAAAGCUCGCUGAACUCCGGGAAAAGACGUCCGAAAAGCGCGCCAAGAAAGCUGUUGAGGAGGCUGUCGAACACAAGGAGAAUGAGAAAAUUCGUCGAAAAGCAGGCAAGGACAUGAAUAAAAUCAAAGAGGAACUCAAGGUUAAGGAGGCCAUAAAGGAGGCGGAACAAAGAAAAAGAGAUAAGAUCGAAGAUGCUAAAGCUAAAGCGGCAGUGAAAGCACAGAUUGAGGCCGACAAGAAAGCUCGUGCUGAGAAAGCUGCCAGGGAAAAGGCCCUUCGAGAGGGUAAACCUAUCACUGACAAUCUAUCAACUACCGCUCCUGCUACUUCCCCCGCUCCGGCGGCUGCGUCGUCAUCUGGUGUUAAAGGUAGGGAAUUCAAAGAAACUCGAUUACAAAUACGCAUGUCCUCGGGAGGGCAGCCGUACACAACGACUCUAUCGAGUGAUGCUCCUUUACGUGAGGUUGCAGAAUUCCUUGCGGCACAGUUGCUAUCUGUUGACGUUGAAACGGUAAUGUUUGCCCAACACUUCCCGAGGAAAACGUUUUCUCGUUCAGAUUUCUCCAAGUCUUUAAGGGAGCUCGGACUUACUCCCUCCGCGGUCCUUAUUGCUACUAUUCCAUGAGAUUUUCAUCAAUCUUCAAUUACCAUAUCUGCCGUCAAUCAAAGACGUAUGAUACUAACCAUCGGCGUGCCUUCGUACAAUGCAAGCAUAUGCAGACCAUGA